GGUGUCAUUUGAGUUCAACAGUCUGUCUGACCUGUAUUGGAAUCCUUGAGUACCUCGCUCGCAGCUGAGUCCCGGCUGCGUAGCGUAGCUUGAUUUCUCGUCACGAUGGAAACCACGAUCUUCCCUUUGCAAACAUUACCCGCCUGUGCCACGGCAUGUGGCCCGUUGUACGAUGUCAACGGUGCCUGCGUGCCGCCGGCGGUCCCGACAAGUGAUGCCGGAACAUAUGAACGCUGCUUUUGCAGCGACGCGCGGCUCACGGCAUUCAGUACUGCCACCGCCGGGGUUUGCGACAACGCCUGUACUGCGGCACCCGCCGAUCUGGGCUCGAUCCAAAGCUGGUACUCGAGUUUCUGUGGCAGUGUUCAAGCUGCGAACGGUAAUACCAAGACGUCUUCGUCGACCUCAACGGCAACGGCAGCGGCGAAUAACUCGGGGGGCGGCGGAACUUGGAUCGACAAUCACUACCAGUGGGUGAUUUUCCUCGUCAUUAUGGUUGUCGCCAUUGUCGGCAUCUGGGUCGGCGCCUGCUUCUGGAGGCGCCGCUACCUUCGCAAGAAGGACCGAGCGUACGCCCUCGGCACCAACCUAGCACAUACGACCGGCUCCGGCCGGGUAGUGCCCAACGCAGGCGACUCCGGGUCGGUACACGUUCCGCAGGCGGGCAUGUUCGAGCCUGCUCCGCUCAGUUCUGCCGGUGUGUACGGCGAGAAACCGCAGAAGGCGAAAAAGAAGUGGAUUGUCCGCGAGCGGACAUGAGCCGGCACGAAGUCGCCACCACUUUCAACUA